AAUUUACAACUGUCCCACAAGGGGGCACACGAGUACGUAACACAUUAAAACACGGUUAACGGUGUUCGAGUACAUCCGGGUCAUAACCUAGUGUACAGUUAGCUCCCUCUGUAAGUGUGGCCUCUGGUAUGUCUCUUAUUUCUGAAAACAAGAUUAGUGUUUCUGUGACUCCUUCUUCUAUUCAGCCUGCCGCCGGUCAUGAUCAGGUCAGUGCUGCUGCGAAGGCUAACCUCCCACAUCCAGUCCUGUAAAAGAGGACCAUGUCUACUCACAGGUCGGAUACCUUAUGGGCUGCAGCCUCAUUCACCAGGUCACACACUCACCCAGCAGAGCUCCCAUGGACCCUUCAUACCUAAAAUCACUGGUCUGGUCAGGUACUCGGACUUGUCAACAGAGAAAUAUACUACGAUUUACACCCUGCCGUACAUUAAGCAUCUCAGAGCCGCGUCCAGGCUCAAACUGCUCCAAACUGCAUUCACCAUAGUCAUCUUGCCCCCAGUGUUGGUCCUCUACCACCAGGGACUCGUCCCCUUCUCUCUUGUCGGCUACACAACGGGGAUAGCGCUGUUUGCUGGUGUCAUGCUGUACACUGCCAGUCACUUCUUCAGGAGGGUUGUGGGGAUAAUGUACCUGGACACGUCCCACACCACACUCAAAGUGUCCCACCUCACCUUCUGGGGCAGGCGCCACGAUAUCUACAUUCCUGUGUCAGAUGUUAUGACCAUAGCGGACACAGGGGACGCCGCAGAUGAGAUGAUAUUGACACUAAAGAGAUACAGUAGUCCACAAACGUUCUAUUACUCCACUCAGUUUGGACGUGUUGUGAACAAAGAGGGUUUUGAGAAGGUGUUUGGUCGUAUUUAACACUGAGGUCCCCGUUUUACUAUGUUCGAAAUACAACAUGCUAUAAUGUGAAGGAUCUGUUCUUCAUAAAAAAUGGUUGAUCAAAUGUUUAAGAUUAUACACCGGAAGACUUUCUGUUAUAAUAAGUGAUAUAUUAGCGGUUAUCACUCUGAUGUCUACUGUGAAUAACUAGCAAAUACAUUUUCAGUGAAGCUUGUGAUUGAAAAGUAAGGCUGCAUAUUUGCAGGCCUCUGCAGGACUGAGCUUUAGAGUGGAACAACAUGCCAAAGGACCAGCGUUGGAAGUAAUAUGUACUUUUGUCUGUGACUUAAUGUGUGAAGCAGAAAAAAAGUAAUAUAAAAUUAAAGACCUCUUGGUAUG